AUGGAUCCUGACAUGAUGAACAUGAUGAUGCAGCAUAUGGAGAAGCUUCCGGAGUUCUUUAACACCAAUCCCUCUCUCAUCGACCAAAACAACAACACCUACCCUUUUCUGUUCAACUCAAACCAUAACCACUCUGACUCAAUGACCCACGAAUCCGGUUUCCGGUACGGUUCUGGUUUACACGCUAACCCAGCCUACUCGUCCAUCUCACACGAAAAAAUAAACAAUAUUAGCAACAGCAAUAACACGAACAUGGCAGCGAUGCGAGAGAUGAUCUUUAGAAUCGCCAUGAUGCAACCAAUACAUAUAGAUCCCGAGGCGGUGAAGCCUCCGAAGAGGAGGAACGUUAGGAUCUCUAAAGAUCCACAGAGUGUGGCUGCCCGGCACCGAAGGGAGAGGAUAAGCGAGAGAAUUCGGAUUUUGCAACGGCUUGUUCCUGGUGGAACUAAGAUGGAUACAGCUUCGAUGCUCGACGAGGCUAUUCAUUAUGUGAAGUUUCUAAAGAAACAAGUGCAGUCGCUGGAGGAGCAAGCUGUGGUUAACGGUGGAGGAGUGGUUAUGAAAGGGUGUGGAGCAACAGGGACUACUCAUCAGAUGGUGGGCAAUGCACAUAUUCUUAGAUGA